AUGGAAUUGUCAGAGGCCUUCGUGGCGCAGGCCACUGCGCGUGCAGCGGCGGCACACCGUGCUCCUCAGACCGGUAAUACCGCCCUGCCAAGACACAGCGGGGCAAGCCUAAGUGCGGCGGCAGCGGUGGCAACCGUCGGGGUUCUGUCCAGUGCGCGGCGUCAUCGUCCGAAGCUGUUGAAGCGGCGGCUGGCGAAGGUGACGAAGGCCGCUGUGCCUCCCGAAAGCAUCGACCUGCUACACCCACAUGUGUGGAGCGGCUUGGAAGAGCAAAGCACUCAACUGCUGCAGCACUUCACACAGGGUUUGCAGGCAGGAGACAAUCCAUCCAGUGCGGAAGGAGUUGCUGCCGCAGUACAGCAGCUCACCGAGAUCUUCUCUGAAGCAGCAGGUCGCCUAGCCCGCGAGAUCGUGCCUCCAGCAUAUGCAGCUGAUGCAAAGCCCAUUGAACUGGACCCGAACGUCACGUAUCUCUACGGGGCAGAUGGCGCUGUCCUUGUGGAUCCAAUGAAUAACAAACCUCUUCCUGAUGACUGGUGGAACGGCUUUAUCGGCUUCCAAGCCGGUCUCAUCAAGCAAAUUGACCAGGCCUUGAGGGACAACGGCGUAGAGCAAGCCUUCGGCUGGACCAUCGUCGCCUACACUGCUUUCAUCAAGCUCCUCUUCUUCCCAUUGCAGCAGGGCCAGCUGAAGAGCACUUCCAUGAUGCAGAUCCUGAGCCCGAAGGUGAAGGAGAUCCAGGAGAAAUACAAGGACGACCCGGACACGCAACAGCGUCUGCUGGGACAGCUCUACGGUGUCAUGGACGUGAACCCGCAGGAGCCCAAAGACACGGAGAGAGAACUCAGCAAUCACCGGUUGGGAGGAUGCCUUCCGGUAUUUCUGCAGCUGCCCAUCUUCUGGAGUCUCUACGGUGUUUGGCGCCGCCUCGCCGCCGAAAAGUUCCCGCACUACACCGAGGGCUGGCUCUGGGUGCCGUCUCUGGCACAGCCAAAUCCAGACUUUCAGUUCAAGUAUGACUGGCUGCUGCAGUUCGAAGAUGGCAAGCCAGCUAUGGGAUGGGAGAACUACCUGUCGUACCUGGUAUUUCCCGUCUUGCUGGUUGGCUUCACGGUCUUUCAGCAACAGCAGGCUCAAGCCGCUCGCCCAAAGACUGGCAACGACGAGGAUCCCCAGAACGUGGUGCUGCAGGUGCUGCCGUGGAUCUCUGUUUACUUCAUCGGCAGCUUAUCCCUUCAGCUUCCGCAGGCCGUGUCUGUGUACUACUCCAUGAACACCGCCUUGUCAGUGGCACAGACCGCCGUCGUGAAGUACGGAUUGCGGCAGGAGAUCCCCGGCUAUGAGGAAUUCGAAAGGACUGGAAAGUUUCCGGAUGGCACUUUCGAGAACAUGGUGAGGUCCCAAACGCCGCCACCAAAGACACUCCACGAGGCUGCGCUGAGAGGAGAGGUGAAGUUCAUAGAAGAGAUGCUGGCAGAUGAGAGCGUAGACAUCAAUAAGUGGGACGAGAAGAAGAUUUCGCCUUUGGGCUACGCCGUUGCUUGUGGCCACCUCGACGCCGUGAAGGUGCUUUUGAAGAGAGGUGCUGACGUGACCAUGAAAGACGGUCAGGAUAAUACAAUGCUGCACUACGCCGCCGGUUAUGGCCACAUGGCUGUCCUUGAGGAGUUGCUCGAGGCGUGUGACAAGGUUUGGAAGGACAACGACUGGUGCACAUUCAGAAACAGCAAAGGCCAGAGCGUCGUCGACGCUGCGCGUGUGAACAGGAAGGGCCAGGUUGUGGACUUCCUUUGUGAGCGCCUGGGCGUCGAAGCCCCUGAAGUGAAGGCGCCAAUCGCCGUGACGGCGAGUCCGGAAGCCGGCAAGGAGUCGUCGGAAGCAGAUCGGGCCCGAGCUGCACUUCUUGCUGCUGCCGGGGGUAAGGUGCCCGCAGCACCAACUGGAGGAGCUCCGCCCCAGGCCGGCGAAGCUGCCACGGCGAUGCGAGCUGCGGUGGAAAAGCUGAAGUCCAAUCCAGAGGCGGUCGAGCAAGCCCGCAAGAUGAUGGGCAAGAUUCCGCCACAGAUGUUGCAGAUGCUUUCAGGCAACAAGAUCUCAGCCGAGCAGGCACAGAAGGCAAUGGACGCGAUGUCCGAGAUGAGCACAGAGGACCUCUUGGAAAAAGCGGAUCUGGCGGCCGACAAGUUGGAGGGCCAAAAAGAAACCGUACCACCGUCUCCGGCGCCUGGUGGCGGAAAGCCAGCACGAUCCGUCGAUUGA